AUGUUUCCAUAUUUAAGCACAGCGUACAAAAAUAGAUGCCCAAGAUACGACGACAUCAUCAGCAGAAGCCGCUCCCACUCCAUCGACAACUAUGCAUUCCAAGGCACCAAGUUGGACAUUUCCAAGGAGAUACUUGGAAAGUCAGUGUUCUCUCUUUCUAACACAGACAGAGGCGUGAGCAUGAACUAUUCUCUGAACAGCUUUUCAAAGCUUUUUUCUGUUUCUCUAUUCAGCGAUGGAUCUGUCCUUGGAAAACUAAGCACAAGCGACGGAGAGGGCCUCUCCCUUACUAUGAUGAAGGGAACAGGGCACAAAUACUUUGACAUUGGAUUUACAAAAUCAUGCAACUAUGGAUCGCUGAGUGUGAAAGCCAUAAACCCUGACCUAGAGUGUUCUAGCGCCACUUUUUCAAAAGAUAGAGUAAAGUCGGUGCUUAAGUCUCUCUACUCUCGAGUGGAUAAACAAUCAUUCAGUCUGCAGAACAUAUCUAAAAUUCCAAGCGCAUUCAUGCAGAUGAGCAGAGAUUCUAUCGAUGUAAAUUCCUACGCACACAGUGGACUGUCUAGUCUCCACAAAAAAUUCAAAGGAGGAAUGUUCUCGGUGAGUGGUGUGCUGCAAAUUACACCAAGUCUGCACUUGGGAAAUGAAACGGUCUUUUCGAUCUCCAGAGCAAAAGAAAAUUUGCCAAAAGAAAAUCUCAGCACAUUCUCUUCGCUCGUGGAGCAGUAUGCAAAGGAGGCAUCAUCUACCUGCAUUCUGAGCAAAGUAUUUAACACCUGGCGGUUUGUUGGAAUCUACCACACAGCAGGCCCUGCAGGACUUACAGUUGAAAAGACAGUAGAUGAAACAGUCUCUCUGCACACUGAAGUGUCCUUGGACUACAAAAGCAUCCUGGAAAAAACAAAGCCUCUUCUGAGCACAGUUUCCUGCGUAUUUGGUGCAACUAUCUCCAGUCCUUCUGUAAUCACUCGGGUAAGCGCAGGAAGCAACGGAGCAGCUACAGUGUCAUCUGAUAUAUCCGUGGACGAUGGAGCCACUUUGAAUCUGAGUGCCCAAGUCUCCACAAAUGGCCCUUUGCUGGGAAUUGGCUUUACCUUUGCUAGCUAA